AUGGCGUCGACGGCGGCCGCCCUGCCGCUGAACGGCGGGGAGGUACAGCCCACAGGGGCGGCCCCAAAGCGGCAGGCUCAAGACCUGCAAGUGGACGUGGCGGGUACCCCCGACAAGCCCAAGGCGUUUGCUAAGGAGGACGAGUUCUCGGCCUUCACCCAGUUUGGCCGCACGCAGGAGCACCUGUCUGCACCCGCAGACGCAGGGAAGGCGCAGCCGGCCGGCGCGACGAGCCCAACCAGCGGGGCGCCGGCGGCGCCGGCGCCCGCGCCCGCGCCGCAGCCGGCCGACGAGCCGUCCGGCAAGCCGUGGUGGUCGGCGCUGGUGUGCGGCUGCUUCGCGCCGCCGCCGGCGCCCGUGGAGACGGGCUCGGGGCAGCUGCGGGCGCGCCGCACGAUGACGCACUCGCUGGUGGGCGUGCCCCCGUCGACGACGAUGCGGCCGCGCCGCACGCUGAGCAAGCAAGUCAGCAUGUACGGGGGCGCGCGGCGCACCCUCAGCGCCGUCAAGAGCACAUACUCAGACGACCAGUGGUUUGACGCGCUGAGCGUGGCCGACCCGUACUCAGAGGCCGGCCGCGCGCUCAACGCUGAGCUGGAGGGCAUGAUGCGCGACAUGCCGACCAUUGGGGAGGCGCCUCCCGUGCAGGAGCCGGGGCCGCACGUGCCUGACCCACCGCUGGAGAUGGCCAACAAGGACUUCAUUUUCGUGCCCGUGCCCAAGGAGACCGGGUUUGCGGGCUACUGGCUGAAGGACGAGGAGCGCACCACGCCCAACCCCCAGCCCAUCGACCUCAUGCUGAACUCGAGCAAGAUGGCGCAGAAGGCCCACGAGACCAUCCCCGGCAUCUGGCACGCUUGCGGACGCACGAGUACAUGUUGA